AUGGGUGGUGCGCCAAAGCUGCUGGCGAUCGCUGACAUUCAUUUGUCCUUCAAGUCCAACCGGGACGAAUGGGCCAAGUUGAGGAUGCACAAAGACGACGGGCUCAUUCUCGCGGGUGAUGUGGGCGAAAGCCUGGAGCAUAUGCAAAUUGCGUUCCGGAAAGCAGUCCGGAGAUUCAAGACGGUGUGGUGGUGCCCGGGAAACCAUGAACUGUAUACCUCUUCUUCGCCCUCUUUGAAGGAAGAAGAAAGGAAGCUGCGGGGAGAAGCCAAGUAUCGAGCUUGUAUCAAGGUGGCGAGACAUUACGGAGUGCUCACGCCCGAAGAUGAUUUCGCUACGUGGCCGUACACCAGUGCAGAGGGCUCCCAAGAGCGGGCUCUGGUAUGUCCCAUCUUUACCCUGUACGAUUACAGCUUCCGACCGGACGAUGUGCCACGAGAGAAGGCCUUGGACUGGGCGUUAGAGGAAGGCAUACAGGCCACGGACGAGAAACUACUUCAUCCGGAUCCAUAUUCGAGCCGCGAUAACUGGUGCACAAGACUGGUGUCGGAAGCAGAAGCGAAAUUGGAGAAGGCUGCUGCGUCCGGAUUGCCUCUCAUUAUAAUCAAUCAUUGGCCACUGAGAGAAGACCUCAUAUUCAUCCCGCGAGUGCCUCGGUUCAGCUUGUGGUGUGGGACCAAGGAGACGCAUGACUGGCACACUCGCUUCAAUGCGAAAGUCGUUGUGACUGGCCAUCUGCAUGUCCGAAGAACUGACUGGAUUGACGGCGUGCGAUUUGAGGAAGUGAGUCUUGGCUACCCGCGGCAGUGGCAGGACGCGAAAGAUGCGGGAAACGACAUCAACACUUUGCUCCGAGAGAUCUUGCCUGGUCCGGUAACUCCAGUCCGAGGGCAAGAGCCACCCACACAAUAUUUUCGCAUUGGCAUAGCCGAAACUCCAAGCUGGGCACUAAAACCGGAAUGCUUGGGCUAG